UCCUCCAUCAGGAGAAGCAGGAGUGAUUUCCUCAUGCGCCGUUACGAUGUAGCGGCUCACUGUACAAUGGAGAAGAACGUGUGACUACAGUGUGACUUCACAUAAGACUUUUUUAAUCCCCUCGGGCUAUUUUUGAGGCCCAGUCGUGAUUUACAAAGACAUUUAUUAAAGUAUGGCCGCAGACGUGGAUAAAACUCCAGCAGGAGAGCAAAAGGAUAAUCAUGAGGAUCGCGCGACUCCAUCCAGCAGACGCGCCCGCUCACGUUUCACACAGAUCUCCAGUUUAUUCAUCAUUGCUGCUGUUCCUGUCAUCGGCUUUUGCAUCAAAUAUUACCUGGACAUCCAGUUUGAGAAACGACAUGAGGCAGGACUGAAGGCACUGGGAGCAGACGGACUGUUUUUUUUCUCAUCAUUGGAUACUGAUCAUGACCUUUAUCUCAGUCCAGAGGAAUUCAAACCUAUCGCAGAAAAACUCACAGGUGUGGCCCCUCCCCCAGAAUAUGAAGAGGAGAUUCCACAUGACCCAAAUGGAGAGACGCUGACCCUGCAUGCUAAAAUGCAGCCGUUGCUGCUGGAAAGCAUGACGAAGAGCAAAGAUGGCUUUCUAGGGGUCUCCCACAGCUCUCUUAGUGGCCUGCGGUCUUGGAAACGUCCAGCUAUUUCUUCAUCCACGUUUUAUGCCAGUCAGUUUAAGGUCUUCCUGCCGCCCAGUGGUAAAUCAGCCCUGGGCGACACUUGGUGGAUCAUUCCCAGUGAACUGAACAUCUUCACCGGCUACCUUCCCAACAAUCGUUUUCAUCCUCCCACACCGCGAGGCAAAGAGGUGUUGAUCCACUCUCUGCUCAGCAUGUUUCACCCACGGCCUUUUGUAAAAUCCCGCUUCGCUCCACAGGGAGCUGUGGCUUGUAUACGGGCUACUAGUGACUUUUAUUAUGACAUUGUUUUUAGAAUCCAUGCUGAGUUCCAGCUAAAUGAUGUUCCAGAUUUCCCAUUUUGGUUCACUCCUGGGCAGUUCGCCGGUCACAUUAUUCUCUCUAAAGAUGCUUCCCAUGUUCGAGACUUUCACAUCUACGUCCCAAAUGACAAAACUCUGAAUGUGGACAUGGAGUGGCUGUAUGGGGCCAGCGAGACCAGUAACAUGGAGGUGGAUAUUGGAUACCUUCCUCAGAUGGAGCUCGGGGCAGGAGGACCCUCCACUCCCUCAGUGAUCUACGAUGAGCAGGGGAACAUGAUCGACAGUCGAGGAGAAGGAGGUGAACCCAUUCAGUUUGUGUUUGAGGAGAUAGUUUGGAGUGAAGAGCUGAGCAGAGAAGAAGCAUCCAGACGCCUGGAGGUCACAAUGUACCCGUUUAAAAAGGUGCCAUAUUUACCAUUCAGUGAGGCCUUCGGCAGAGCUUCAGCUGAAAAGAAGCUGGUUCACUCCAUCCUGCUCUGGGGAGCGCUGGAUGACCAGUCCUGCUGAGGUUCGGGGCGGACUCUUCGGGAGACAGUUCUCGAGAGUUCGCCCGUUCUGGCCUUACUCAACCAGAGCUUCAUCAGCAGCUGGUCUCUAGUCAAAGAGCUGGAGGAUCUGCAGGGUGACGCAAAGAAUCUGGAAUUGAGUGAAAAGGCACGUCUACAUUUGGAGAAGUAUACUUUUCCGGUGCAGAUGAUGGUGGUGCUGCCCAACGGCACUGUAGUCCAUCACAUCAAUGCUAAUAAUUUCCUGGAUCAAACAUCCAUGAAACCAGAAGAUGAAGGGCCAGGUCUUAGUUUCUCGGCAGGUUUUGAGGAUCCCUCAACCUCCACGUAUGUCCGCUUUCUGCAGGAAGGACUUGAAAAGGCCAAACCUUACUUGGAAUCAUAAAAACUGAUUUAAGACGCUCUCUUCAGAAACGUCAGAGAGAACUGAAGGGAGGAUAUGAGGGAGACAGAAAGGAAACGCUGAUCUCAGCUCCCCCGUGUCUGCUUUGAGGAACAGUACGCAGACAAUUUCUUCAUUCAGAAGGCAGCUGUUGACCACUGCUUCAUGUACACUACAUGUUCCUUAGAGCAAAACAGUUAAUGGCAAAAUGCACAAUAUAACAUCAUUUUAUUUGUAGGGUAGCAAGAUUGGGGUUGGUCACCUCAAUGAAAGCUAAAGGACGUUAAAGAGACAGUUCACUUAAAAAUAAAAUUCUAUAAUUUACUCACCAUCAAUUCUUUUUUUCCUUGAAACAUAAUUUUUUUAAUAAACAGUUGCCUCAUUUACUUAAUGAUUAUAUAAUCUUAAGCUAAUGGGAACAAUAAACAACAUUCAUCUCAGUGUUAUGGUGAGUAAAUAACCAUUUCUUAGUAUUUUUGAGUGAACUAUCCGCAAAAAAAGUGAACUCUACAGAGUAAAACACUCCAUUAAUUAUAUUUUUAUACAUGCAAAGUUGAAGAUUAUGUGCAAACAUAACUGACGAAUAUCAUUAGUCUUGUUAAUAACUCAGAUUAUUUAACUAAAAUAGCAUUAUGUUAUAUUACUUACCUGUUGAAACCACUUUUAUAAUUUUGUUUAAUUGUAUUUGAAGCCACUUAUGUUAUGUUGCUUUUAGUUCUGCAGCAGACAGGAUGGUGUUGGCUGUGGCUUCCUGGAUUUAGGCAGUUUGUGAUGGUCUGGUCUUAAAGUCUGAUAAGGGUGUGAGCAGGCCUGAUGUUGUUGUUUAAGUCUGUGGAAGCAACGCCCACGUUUCUGUGUCUGAACAGAAUUCUGGCAAAUGUUAAAAACCACACAGCUGCAGGAAAGCUGCCAUGGGCUCUAAUAGAUCACCACUAUAAUCUGCUUUUGUUAGAGGGAGGAGAUGCAAAAUGGUCAGUUAGGAAUAUUAUUUUGUUCUUUAUAAAUUAAAUAUAAUAAAAUGAAA